UGUUAAAUUCUAUACACAUAAAUUGAAUUGAAUUGAAAAAUUAAAGCCAUGCCUUAUGUGUCAGGAGUUUAUGUGAGUUCAUGAGAAUUAUAAAAAUCUAUACAAAAUUUAAAAAAUAAAGACAGUAUGUUUAAUGUAUAUUGCAAAGAUCCAGAGAGAGAAAAGGGGAGCUAUUCUAAUUCUAAUUCUCAUUCCUGAAUUUUUCUGAUGCUAAGAAUGAGUGGAGAACAGAGCAGUGUAAAACAAACACUUAGUCAGAUCACAGGAAGGAAUUAUUUGGACUGUGGAUUUUUUCACUGCAUAUCGUCUAUGAAGGGAAGUCUGUUUACUAAAGGGCAUGGAAGACUGGAAAUUUCUAUACCUGUUACUGGACAAGGUGCAGUCCAAUUCCUCAGUCAUCAGUAAGAUCUGGAUGAGAGCCUUGUUUAUAUUUAGGAUCCUGAUUCUGGGAACAGCAGCUGAAAUUGUCUGGGCAGACCAGCAGCCCAGAAUUGUGUGCAAUACACAAAAACCUGGUUGUGAUAUUGCCUGUUAUAACUACUUCAUCCCCAUCUCUCCGAUUCGCUACUGGAUCAUUCAGGUAAUCGCCGUGUCCAUGCCGACAUUACUGUACCUGUGCCAUGUCAUCCAUGUUGUCCACAAAGAGAAUACCCAGCGAGAGAGAAUUAAACAAAAGCAUGAUGGUGAAAACAAAAAUAGGUCCACAUACAUAGAUGAGAAGGGUCAAGGGAAGAUCCAGUGCAACCUGUUUGCGAGCUCCUUUACUUGUGUUUUUUUCAAGAUCUUCUUAGAGCUCGUUUUCAUGACGGGACAUUACUACCUAUAUGGCUUUAUCAUGAGACCUCUGUUUAGCUGCCGUCAAAAUCCAUGUCCUUACAUAGUGGAUUGCUACAUGUCACAUGUAACGGAAAAGAACAUCUUCAAUGUUAUCAUGUAUGUGAUAGCUUGUGUGUCCCUGCUGCUCAGUGUGAUCGAGGCCUUUUACCUGCUGAUCAGUCAAGCGCAAGUCGAGCGUGAAGCGGGGAAUGAGAAAAUCUACCGAAAACAUCAACAGUUUAUAAUGGCAGCCUAAUCUUGGAGCUGAAUUUCCUCCAGAACUAAACAAGAUGAAUUAAAAUCACAGGUUUUUUUGUCAUCUUAUUAAAUACUUUCAUGAGUUUAUGACAACACCUGUAUUCUGUAAGAAUGUUAUGCAAAAUAUGUUAUGCAAAAAAUGCUAAAAAUAAAAAAUCUAAUUUUAAAUUUCUAAUAUUAUUUGUCACAUACACAAACAUAGACAGUAUGACAUGUAGUGAAAUGUAAUCUAAAAUUUGUAAGUAAACACAAAUAUAAAUGUAUAAGAAAAAUCAACAUAUAUCUGUAAAUCUAAACAUAAAAGACACAAUAAACAUAAAUAAAAAAAUUAAACAUAUAUAAUAUUUAGUGUAUUUAGCAUAUAUAUUAUAUAGUGUGGUUUAAAUAGAGCGGAGUUGAGGAACAGGUGGGGGUGUAAUCAGAGUGAAGGAUGGCUGGUGGGAAGUGCAGUCCGAAAGCGUGCUAAUACUCCGGGGUCGCGUCUCUAUCUCUAUCGUUGCUCAUGACACAGCACCCCCCCCUCCGCCCCUGCGAUCGGCUUCCGACGCAAGGACGUUUGCGGCGCCAGGGUCGACCCCGUGAAGCUGGUUUGUCGGGGUGCCGUUGGUGGUAGUUGGCGGCGAGCGAAGGAUCCAUGAUGUCCCCCGCUUUCACCCACGAGCGUUCUUCUGGACCGAAUCCCUCCCAGUCGACUAGAUACUCCAAGCGGCCCCCUCGACGUCUGGAGUCGAGUAGUUCGCGAACUUGAUAUACUUCCUUGCCGUCAACUAGCAGUGGCGCCGUUACGGGCGGAGCAGUGGCGGUGUCAGAAUCCUCUCAUAUACGCUCAUCGGCGGGCUUCAGCAGAGAAACAUGGAAGGUGGGUGAGAUGCGGUAGGUGGCCGGUAGUGUGAGGCGGUAUGAGACCUGGGACUGAGCUUACGGCAGGGUAGGCGGAGGUGGAUGUCGCGGAUCGAAAGCCAAACCCACUGGCCGGGUUGGUACUCGGGAUGUUCCCUGCAGUGUCUGUCAGCCUGGGUUUUCUGUGCCCUGACGGCUCUCCGUAGCUGUCGGUGUGCUGCGGCCCAUGUCUCCUCGCUCCAGCGAAACCAAUCAUCGACGGCAGCAGAUCGGUGGGAGUGUCGGACCACGGGAAUAAGGGGGGCUGGUAGCCUAGGACGCACUGAAAGGGUGUCAGGCCGGUGGCAGGUUUGAUCAAAGAGUACUGGGCGUAUUCAGACCACAUCAGGUACUUGCUCCACUCGUUUUGAUUGCGUUGACAGUAAGUUCGGAGAAACAGUGAGGCUGACGUUUAUAUUUUACCGCCUGAAGAAGGCCAUCCAGACCUGCAAGGUGAACUGAGGACCCCUGUCUGAGACGAUGUAACAUGGUUACAGAGCAUUUCCGCUGUCUCGAAGGCGGUAGGAAGCUUGGUUAGUGGGAUCAGUCAGCAGGCUUUUGAGAACCGGUCGAUGACGGUCAGAAUGGUUGUGUGUUUGUUGGAUUGAGGCAGAUCUGUGAUAAAAUCCAGUGCGAUGUGUGACCAGGGUCGUUGUGGUACUGGUAGUGGUAGCAACAGGCCUGCGGGGCAGUGAUGCAAGGCUUUGGAGGUGUGGCAUACCGUGCAGCCUUGGACGUACUCCUGUGUGUCCGCGGCCAGUGAUGGCCACCAGAACUCAUUCUGGACCAGGUGGGUUGGCGAUCUCGGUCAAGAUGUCUCACUGAAUGGGUGCGACAAUUCGAGUCCCGGGGAUGAUGGACUCGGUGAGCGUGUGUUGAUCCGACUCCCGUGUGACAGGGCGUCGGCCUUGGCCUUGGUGUUCUUGCUAUCUGGUCUGUAGGUUACUGUGAACUGGAAACGAGUGAAAAACAUGGCCCACCGGGCCUGGCGAGGGUUCAUGCGUUUAGCAGCGCGCAGGUACUCCAGGUUUCGGUGGUCAGUGAGGACAGUGAAUGGGUGCUGUGCGCCUUCUAACCAGUGCUGCCACUCCUCGAACGCUGCUUUCAUGGCCAGCAGUUCGUGGUAUCCCACGUCGUAAUUCCGUUCUGUCUGGGACAAUUUGUGGGAAAAAUAGGCGCAUGGAAACAUUUUAUUGGUGGAUCCCUGGCGCUGGGACAGUAUAGCUCCGAUUCCCGUGUUGGAGGCGUCUACUUCAACUAUAAACGGCCGGUUCCGGUCAGGGUGAUGGAGAAUCGGUGCUGAGGUGAAGCUUUCCUUUAGCUGUUUGAAUGCUGAGUGUGUCUCCGGUGACCAGGUGAGGUGGGUUGGUGCCUUUCUUGUCAUCGAGGUUAAGGGGCGCUGCGAUUGUGCUGACGCCACGGAUAAAGUGGCGGUAGAAGUUCGCGAACCCUAAAAAGUGUUGUAGCUCUUUUGAUGGUCUGUGGUUUGGGCCACUGUAACACCGCCUGCACUUUAGUGUCAUCCAUGGCGACCCCCUCUGCCGAAAUGACAUACCCCAGAAAGGCCAUCGCGGUCUGAUAAAACUUGCAUUUCUCCACCUUGGCGUAUAACUGAUGCUGGAUGAGGUGUUGUAACACCGCCCUCACGUGUUGGAUGUGUUCCUUGCUUUCAGAGUAGACGAGGAUGUCGUCGAUAUAAACGAUUACUCAGCGGUCUAACAUGUCCUGGAACACAUCAUUAAUGAACGAUUGGAAGACCGCUGGACUGUUCGAUAGGUCAAACAGCAUGACCAAAUACUCGUACUGGCCUGAUUGGGUCGAGAAGGCGGUCUUCCACUCAUCCCCCUGUCUGAUGCUCAUAAGAUUAUAGGCGCAGCGGAGGUCGAGUUUCGUGAAGUACCGCACGCGGCGGAGUUGUUCCAGGGCUGAUGGCACGAGUGGAAGGGGGUACCGAAACUUCACUGUUAUGUUGUUGAGGGCUCGAUAGUCGAUGCAGGGUCGAAGCCCCCCGUCUUUUUUCUUGACGAAGAAGAACCCUGACGGCGCUGGAGACACGGGGGGGGGGGCAAAUGAACCCUUUCUUUAGCUCCUCCUGAAGAUAUUCAUUCAUGGCUACGCAUUCUGGCUGUGAGAGGGGGAAGAUUCGCCCUCUAGGUGGCGUUACCCCUGGCAGGAAGUCGAUGGCGCAGUCAUAGGGACGAUGUGGAGGCAGCGCCGUGGUCUUGGUUUUACUAAACGCCUCUGCAAGGUCUUGGUAUUCGUUUGGAAGACCGGGGAUGACGGAAGGGUAUCGGCGUGGUGUCUGUGGUGUUGAGCUGGCAGAGCUCCUCCGAGUCCUGGCGGUGUGUAGCACAUGCAUUGCCCCAGCUGGUGAUGCGCAGCUCGGGCCAGGAAAUGAUCGGGUUAUGGAGCUGGAGCCAUGGUAGGAUGAGGGCGUGUCGUGGAGAGUGGAUGACGUGAAAGGAGAGACGCUCCUGAUGUUGGUCCCCCACCUGCAGGCUGAGUUCCCUGGUGAGAUGUGUGAUGCGUCCCUCUCUAAGUGGUUUUCCAUCUAUCGCCUCCACUGCUAAAGGGGACACACAAGGGAUUACCAGAACGUUAUGAAUUUGAACGAAUUUCCAAGACAUAAAAUUUCUGGUUGCGCCCGAGUCGAUAAGUGCAUAGAGUUCCACACUCUCUCCUCGAAUCUUGAGCCGCACGCUGACUUGAGCGCAGCUCUAUGGUUGUGGGAUAACGGAACUUUGACUCACCGGGUUAUUUCGCCCUCGCGGUGGUCUGGUCGGGCAGGUCGGCAGUCGGUGUCUAGGUUCUCCGCAGUAGAGGCAGAGACGGAGGCGGAAGCGGUACUCUCGCUCCUCGGGCGUGAGGUGCGUGUAGUCGAUCUGCAUUGGCUUGGGAUAUUCGGGACGUGCAGGAUGUGUGGCAGCACGUGUGGGGGCGCGUCGAGUGCGCAUCAGGUUAUCCAGCUGAAUGGAGAUAUCCACAAACUCGGACAGGCUCCUUCCCUCGUGGAGGUCCGGGUUUAAGCCCUUGCGGUAGAGCAGUCGCAAGGGGCUUUCCUCCCAGCCGACACGGCCAGCAAGCGCUCCUCCGUGCUCUCCCCAGUGGCGGAGUGGUCAAAGACCGUGCGGAACUGUGCGAGGAAGUUCUCGAACGUGCGGAAGGCGUUCUCUCCCCACACCGCGGUGGCCCAGUCAAAUGCUUUGCCAGUGAAUAGGGAACAGACGAAAGCAAUACGGCUGUUCUCCGUUAGAUACAGGGUUGGUUGUUGCGCCACGAAAAGCGAACACUGCAUAAGGAAACCCUGACAGCCUCCAGGAUCGGCGUUAAACUUUUCCGGGAAGGCGAGGCGGGGACCGGUGGUUGCAGGAGCGGGAUAUGUUGCGGCCCUGGGAACCAGCGCUGGUGCCGGAGGAAUCCUCCGGCGGCUCCUUGCAGCCAUUGUAAAGCCGCGGCGAGCUCUUGAGUGAGCUGGGUGAGGCGCGUAAGCUGCUGGUGAUGGCCGUCGAGCUGCUGGGCCUGACCAGUGAGCUGGGUUGCGAGCUGAGCGACAGCUGCUGGAUCUUCGGUCAGCGAGGUCUCCUGUAAUGAGGAGGCAAAUGGCUGGGGAUCCAUUUGUUGGCACCUCUCAGAUUAUUUCUCACAGAAAAUAUUGCAAUUACACAUGUUUUGCUAUACACAUGUUUAUUUCCGGAGGCACGGUGGCUUAGUGGUUAGCACGUUCACCUCACACCUCCAGGGUUGGGGGUUCGAUUCCCGCCUCCGCCUUGAGUGUGUGGAGUUUGCUUGUUCUCCUUGUGCCUUGGGGGUUUCCUCCGGGUACUCCGGUUUCCUCCCCCGGUCCAAAGACAUGCAUGGUAGGUUGAUUGGCAUCUCUUGAAAAUUGUCCAUAAUGUGUGAAUGUGUGAGUGAAUGAGAGUGUGUGUGUGUGCCCUGCGAUGGGUUGGCACUCCGUCCAGGGUGUAUCCUGCCUCGAUGCCCGAUGACGCCUGAGAUAGGCACAGGCUCCCCGUGACCCGAGAAGUUCGGAUAAGCGGUAGAAAAUGAAUGAAUG